AUGCUGGAAGAAGGAGUAGUAUCUUCUCCUGACCCUGCCCUUUCCCAGGAGGAAAGCACAGGAGAGGGUGCAAUGGCUGCUGGUCUUCUCACAGCGGCGCCCCAGGGAUCCAUGUCCUUCAGCAGCAUGUCUAUAGCUUUUGCCCAAGAGGGCUGGAAACACCCAGUUUGUGCUCCAAGGGACAAGGAGGAAGGGAUAACAGAAAAGUCCAGGAAUUUGGUCCUAUUGGGACUUCCAGUCUCACAGCCUGGCUUGAACUCCCAGGUGGAACAGAGAGAAUCAUGGAUGCUGGAAGAAGAAGGUCUAAGCAGCACCUGUCCAGAGUGGAAGACAGUAUCCCAGGAGUCUGCACCACAGGAAAACAUUUCUGAAGAAUCAUUCCAGAACCCAGGUGUAGAAACCAUUUCUGGGGAGUCAGACCACAGGAGCAGUGAAUUUGGGAAGAGCUUCAACCUGAGACUAGUCCUUUCUCCCCAACAGAGAGUUUCUCCAGAAGUGAGACUUCAUAAAUGUGAAAUAUAUCCAAAAAGCUUCAAGAAUUUGGAUCAAAUUAAGGCUCACAGAACAAAACCAUACACAUGUAAUGAAUGCGGCAAAGCCUUCAGCUACUGUUCAUCACUUUCUCAGCAUCAGAAGAGCCACACUGGAGAAAAGCCCUAUGAGUGUAAUGAAUGCGGGAAGGCCUUCAGCCAGAGCUCAUCUCUUAUCCAGCACCAGAGGAUCCACACUGGAGAGAAGCCUUUUAAGUGCAGCGAAUGUGGGAGAGCUUUCAGCCAGAAUGCCAACCUCACAAAGCACCAGCGAACGCACACUGGAGAAAAGCCCUACAAAUGCAGCAAGUGUGAGAAAGCCUUCAGUGACUGCUCGGCCCUCGUUCAGCACCAGAGAAUCCACACUGGGGAGAAACCUUAUGAGUGCAGUGACUGCGGAAAGGCUUUCCGUCACAGUGCAAACCUGACAAACCACCAGAGGACUCACACUGGGGAGAAGCCGUACAAAUGCAGCGACUGUGGGAAGGCCUUCAGUUACUGUGCAGCAUUUAUUCAGCACCAGAGGAUUCACACAGGGGAGAAACCCUACAAGUGCAGUGCCUGUGGGAAGGCCUUCAGCCAGAGUGCAAAUCUCACAAACCACCAGAGGACACACACUGGAGAGAAACCCUACAAAUGCAGCGAGUGCGGGAAGGCCUUCAGCCAAAGUACAAAUCUUAUAAUCCACCAAAAAACCCACACCGGGGAAAAGCCAUAUAAAUGUAACGAGUGUGGGAAAUUCUUCAGUGAGAGCUCAGCCCUCAUUCGACAUCACAUAAUUCACACUGGAGAAAAGCCUUAUGAAUGUAACGAGUGUGGGAAAGCCUUUAACCAGAGUUCAUCCCUUAGUCAGCAUCAGAGAAUUCACACUGGUGUGAAGCCUUAUGCAUGCAGCGAGUGCCAGAAGGCCUUCAGGUGCAGCUCCGCUUUCAUCAGACAUCAGAGACUCCACAUUGGAAAGUAA